AUGCUCUGGUACUGGAAUGUGUACGGCGGUGGCCCAUCAUACGAGACUCCGGCCAACUUUGACGAUUUCCGCUCAUUCGGAGGAUGGACCGCACCUUUAGUGAAACAGUUCGCUCAAGUGGAAGCCGUCUGUGGAAUCACUGUGAACAGGGACGUGUACAGUACAUCGUCUACAAUGAAUGCUGUUGCUGCUUCGACCAAGACAGAGAAAUCUGAACAAAUCACCGUCGGCGGUCUGGGACUUGGAAGUGCAGCGGCAUUCAGUGGAAUACCAGAAAUCAAAGCAUGA